AUGUCAAACAAAACAUCGAAAUUACUUACACCAAAGACAUUUAUAAAAAUUAGUUCUCCAAAACACCCAGUUACUCCUCCUAAUUCAUUAUAUUCUGGUACAGAAAGUGCAGUACAUGCUAUACAACAACCACGAUCACUACGAUCUCGAUAUUCUGCUCAAUCAAAACGAGUAGCCGAUCGUACAAACAUUUAUGUACAGGAAACCUAUGAGACUCAGCCUAUUCAUCAUCCAUGGAAAGCGGAAUAUCAUAAAAUAAUAGCAAGAGAAAAAUUUAUCAAACCAAUGACAAAAGAUCCGUACACAAAAAUGAGACGGCUAGUUUCUCAUGCAACUGGAAGUUUGACAACAACACCAGAAUGUUGUUCCGGUUUAAUUGCACCUGAAGAUGUAAAAGAGGAAAUAUUAAAUAUACAACAAGCACCAAAACGAUCAAUACCAAGUCUUGUUCGUUACUUAAGACGCACAGACUUAAUGCCAUCUGAACGACUUGUACUACCACCUAUUAAUAUUCCAGUAAAAGCUACUUUAUUAUGCGAAUCAAGACACCAAAAAUCGACCGUUCCAGUAAUGGAUACUAGUCAGUUAACUAGUACUGUCGCAAAUGUAGUUACAACGAAUCGAUUAUCAAAUCGGCCUAAAAUAAAAAAUGAUGUGCCCAUGAUACGAAAACCAUCGAGAAAAUUAGUUUUGAAUGUUUCUCAUGAAACAAUGAUGCCACUAUCUGUAUAUGGUUGA